AUGAUCGGCAACGAAGAAGGCAUCAUCCUCUUACAGAUGUUGAACGACAUGAAACACAGAGUGGAAAGUCUUGGGGGAGAACGGUUCCUAAACCGCAUCAAUGAGCUCGUGAAAGAAAGCCCACAAUCCUCUAAGCACGACGAUAAGCGAGAGGAGAGAAAUGCUCGUAUUCACGGCGCAGACAUCAAGGUGGAUCUAAAGGCCCUGGACUGGAUACGACGCCACGACAGGUACAGCGACAUGCUCAGCGCUGCAAGAGAAGGAUUUGAGGCCAUAUAUGGCGUGAGUUCCAGCGAAUGGAAGUCUCUGGUCCACAAGGCGCCACAGGAAGUGAUCGGAUCUGCGAACAAGUUAGGCGACUUGACUCUUCGAUGUCGUUACCACAGUCGGCAGCGUAAGGAAAUCGCCGACCAAAUGAAGAAAACUUGCAAGGAUGCUAUUCAUCUGUGGAAACAGUCACUUCCGGACGCUCAAUACCCUAAAUCUGCAAUCGCACUCAAGAAAUCCGACUACGACAAGUUGCACCGAGAGUGA